AUCUAUGUGUCAAGUUAUAAUCGUAUUUCUCUCUCUCGGCGAGCAUUUACGGUUCACGCACGAUUCACGGAUUCUCGCCGAGUCAGUUUACCACGAGCCAGCGGUUGGUGUGCGGCAUAAGACGUGCCGGUAGAAUUUUCGAUCGCUUAUGUCAUUCGUAUUGCCGGAAGGCACGUAGCUCUUUUUUUUAUUUCUGUUUUUUCGUUGAACAAACGUCGUUAACAAUGGCAUCAAACGUAGUCAAUUUUUACAACGGUAAAACUGUGUUCAUUACCGGCGGAACUGGAUUUGUGGGUACCACUUUGAUCGAGAAACUACUGCGAACCGUGCCCGACAUAAAAAAAAUUUAUCUGCUAUUACGACCGAAAAAGGGAAAAGAGAUUCAGGACAGAUUGGUGGAACUUCAGAAGAAUCCGGUAUUCGAUAGAUUGAAGGAAGAAAAUAAAACAGAUCUUUUUAAAAAAUUAUCUCCUGUGGCUGGAGACGUUGGAGAAGAAAAUCUAGGGCUCUCUGGAGCAGAUAGAUUGACACUCGUCGAGGAGGUCAAUAUUGUUAUCCAUAGUGCGGCAUCUUUGGAUUUCGAAGCAAAUUUAAAAACUGCUACGAACAUUAACUUACUAGGUACACGCAGAGUUGUACAGCUCUGUCAAGAAAUAAGAGAGCUCAAGGCUUUGGUACAUGUGUCCAGUGCAUAUGUGAAUUCAGUCCUAAACGAUGUGGAGGAAUAUGUCUAUGCUGCACCAUAUGACGUGAACGAAUUACUUAAAAUUGUGGAAAAACUGGACGAUAGCACUUUAGAGGCAGAAACACCAAACAUUCUAAAAGAUCAUGCAAAUUCCUAUACGUUCACCAAACACUUGGCUGAACAUGAAGUAAAAAAUGGACGAAUUCCUGCUGCUAUUGUGCGUCCCUCAAUGAUAACGGGAGCAUGGAAGGAACCUGUUCCUGGGUGGACUAUGUCAAAGAAUGGACCACAAGGAUUUUUGAUGGGUGCCAGCAGAGGUGUCGUAAGAAGAUUGCCAGUAGCAAAGAAUAUAGUUUACGAUUACAUUCCUGUUGACAUCGUUGUAAACAGUUUGAUUACUGCAGCCUAUGCUGUUGACCGAGAUGGUGGGAAAGAGUUGCAAGUGUAUCAUUGCACCUCCAGUACACACAAUCCAUUUAGAUGGAGCUCUAUAGAAGGAAAGAUUAAUUCUUACUUACGCAAAUAUCCGUUGCGCAGUGCAGUUUGGUAUCCGCAUCUUAAAUUGGUAUCUUCGAUCUUCUUGUUUAGAAUUUCUGCAUUUUUCGUGCAUUUCAUUCCCGCUUACAUUCUGGACACAAUUACGAAACUUACGGGAGGACGACCGAUCUUGGUACGAUUACAUACGAACGUUAAUAAUUCGUUGGAUCGUUUGGCGAAAUUUAUCUUUACCGAAUGGAUGUUCAAUAACCCUCGUACGUUGGCGUUACACAACUCGCUAUCAGAGGAAGAUAAAAAGUUAUUCAACUUGGAUAUUAAAUCGCUGGUAUGGGAAGACUAUUUCAAUAAUUUGACACAAGGUGUUAGAACGUAUUUGAGCAAAGAGUCACCGAAAACAUUGGCCAAAGCGCGAUCCAAACAAAACAUAUUGUACAUCGCACAUGUUACCAUGCAAGCCGGAAUAUUGCUCCUUGCUUGGUGGUUAGUUAAAGUUAUCUCCGCCAGUACUUGGCUCAAGACUGGUAUGGUCGUUCCGAUUCUUACAUACAUGUUUCUCUCAAGUCUAUAAAGACAGCCGCAGACAAGUUUCAUUUUCACCUGCGCUUGAUGAAUUGAAAUUUUACGCCAUAAAUCUAAACACGAUACUAUUCUGAUCUGUUUUAUUCUGUACUGCGUUUUAUAUAAAAUAAAUACAGUUUAUCGAGAGUA